AUGCCAUCCAUUAUCCCGAAACAGCUCGAAGCUCUGACAACCAAUUUAUCUGGCCUUAAGCAACGGCACGACCGCAUAGCUGGCCGUCUUCAUGAUCUGGCAGAUGAUAUGCAUACCCAGUCAGCACUUCAGCAACCUAUUGCGCAUAUCUUGGAUGACCUUGCCGCCUGGCUUCAUCAGGUGGAUACUAGUUUACCUCUUGACAAGAAUCGUAAUUGUAAAACUUCUGAAGCUUCUACUUUGGAGAAACAGAGAUCCACUUAUCAUUAG